UCAGCAACAUAAAGCAAGCUAGACAAGACUUUAGCUAGAGUUGAAAGGAGCAUAAGAGAAACAUGUUGGCUCAAUCAGUGAGAAUAGCUGUUCUUCUUGGGAUUAUUUAUUGCCUGUUAUCCAGAGCAAACUGUCAGCAAGCGGGGUCCACACCAACAACAGUGGGGACCACAGCAUUAACAGCUGAUGGCACAAGAAGCACAACAGCGGGGUCCACACCAACAACAGUGGGGACCACAGCAUUAACAGCUGAUGGCACAAGAAGCACAAUAGCGGGGUCCACACCAACAACAGUGGGGACCACAGCAUUAACAGCUGAUGGCACAAGAAGCACAAUAGCGGGGUCCACACCAACAACAGAAAAUGGCACAACACUCACGACAAUGGUGACCACACCAGUAACAACAGGCAAUACCACAGUGACCACGGCAGCUGUGAUCACAUCAACCCCAGAACUAGGCUGUUCAAUGAUCAACUGUGGAGCAAAUGCAAUUUGCAAACACACAUUUAAUGGCUAUAUAUGUGAAUGUGCCUUUAACUAUUACAGAGAAAAUGAUACCUGUGUGGCAGGCAAAACUUUUAGUGGAGAAGUAACUCUCGAGCAAAAAUUUACGGAAGAGAUGAAGAAUGAAGCAUCAGAGGAACGUAAAAAACUUCAUAAUUUUAUAACUGAUGCAUUUAAGAAGAAUUUGGGGGACCUUGGCUACAAAUCAACUAUCAUAUAUAGCGUAAGGAAGGGGAGUGUCAUCGCAGAUGUUACAAACACAUUUGGAGAAGAUAGCACAGUAAAUGAAUCAAUCAUUGCAGGAAGAGUACAAGAAAGCUUCAAAUAUAUAACUAUUCAAGGAUGCAACUCAGAUAAGUGCAACAAGGAUACUGCUGACUGUUACCAACCGAACCACGGUCUGGCUGAGUGCAUCUGCAAAACAGGAUUUUAUAAGAUCUCCUCAAACGAGACAAAAUGCACAGAAUCGUGUGCACUAAAAUGCAAAGGAGCGAAUCAACACUGCGUUCAACAAAAUGGAAUUCCUGUUUGUGAAUGCCGGCCUGGAUAUAAAGACAACAGUGGCAACUGUGAAAGUUGCCCUUUUGGUUACAAUGGAAUAAACUGUGAAGAUGGAUAUCAAAUCGCCAUUUUAGUGACAGGAGUUGUAUGUGGAGUUGUGAUUCUGAUUCUGGGAAUCGUGCUUAUCUAUCUUUGUGUGAGACUAAGGCGGAAUGAACCUGAUGAACAAGAACAACCAAUAUUGGGCUCCAUGUCGUCAGAAAGUCGUGGCAAUUCUCAGUUUCCAAGCAAGAUUCCCAGAAUAGGUCUGGGAAAUCUUACAAACGGAUCAUCAAAUUAUUUUCAAAGUGAUUCUAAUCAGUUUAACUAUUCUCGUCGGGCACCGUGGAAUGAGCUGAGUGAAUUCCAUCAAAGGGACAGCUAUCCAAACAGGAAUUAUGAUUAUCGCAGAUGAUGACUCAAACGAAAUUACUCAAUAAUCUGGAGAAAUAUUAGAAAACUGUAACUAGUCAGUUAGCAUCUGCAAAUAAAAGUGUAGAUAAUAUUUUAUGUUCUUUUCCAUCAAUACUCUGUGAAAUAUUUAAUCAGAAUGUCAUCUUGCUUAAUUCACACAAAUAUUAACAGACAGUAUGUGAAAGAUAGCAGUUAUCAGAAGGUACACUCCUUUUAAUGGUUUUAUAAUGAACUAUAGAGAUUUUUGUGCUUUAAAUCAAUAAUGAAAUUAAUAUACAAAUCAUUUUCAUUACCAGUUCUUCAGUUCAAUUUUAGUUUUGACUGUUUCCAACAUAUUUGUGUAACUUAUUUCAUGAAAGAUUAUGAUAGUUGGAUGUGGGAGAAAUGUUAUUUUCUUUGGCAAAUAGGUUUGAUGAUUAAAAUGGUUCAGACAAUCUUACUGAACUGUUAGUUUCUAGUUGAUGAAAUUCUUAACUACCGUUAAAACUCUACCUUUCUAAAGCUAUUCUCACUUUCAUUAAUUUUCCAAGAGCAGUUGAAGAAAGGUUAGUGCAAAAUGUCCAGGAAGAGCUUACCUUUCUCUGUUACUAUUAUAUGUUGCUCAUGAAACUCUAAUGUGUUUGUAAAUGAUCAUUUAAAAAUAAAAUCACUAAGGAAGGUUAUGGCAUGGAUAUAUGAUUUUCAGAAGUAUUUUCUCUUAACAGCAAAGUAAAUAAUAAAUACAGUUAAAAUAGUUUAAUUACAAUUUGUGACAAAACUUUGUAUUGUGUCAGCAUGAAUAAAGUCAAAUCAUGAAAGUCAAAA